AUGGAAAAUUAUAGCCAAAUUCUAUCAAAUAUAUCAUUCUAUUCGUAUCUAUCUAUCUAUCUAUCUAUCUAUCUAUGCCUUUUCAUGUCUAUCUCUGUUCAUAUCUAUCUUAAUCUAUUCACAUCUCUCUCUCUCUCUCUCUCUCUGUCUCUAUGCUUUUCAUAUCUAUCUCUGUUCAUAUCUAAGUUUAUUCGCAUCUAUCUAUCUAUCUAUCUAUCUAUCUAUCUAAAUCAGUCGAUGUCUAUCUUUAUAAUUAUUGCAAAACUAUUUUUAAUAUCUAUCUAUCUAUCUAUCUAUCUAUCUAUCUAUCUAUCUAUCUAUAUCAAUUUGUUCAUAUCUAUCUAUCUAUCUAUCUAUCUAUCUAUCUAUCUAUCAUCAGUUUGUUCAUAUCUAUCUAUCUAUCUAUCUAUCUAUCUAUCUAUCUAUCUACUUUGUUCAUAUCUAUCUAUCUAUCUAUCUAUCUAUCUAUCUAUCUAUGUUUUUUGUAAUAUCUAUCUAUCUAUCUAUCUAUCUAUCUAUCUAUCUAUGUUUUUAACAUCUAUCUAUCUAUCUAUCUAUCUAUCAGUUUGUUCAUCUAUCUAUCUAUCUAUCUAUCUAUGUUUUUUCAUAUCUAUCUAUCUAUCUAUCUAUCAUUUAUCAUAUCUAUCUAUCUAUCUAUAUAUAUAUAUAUAUAUAUAUAUAUAUAUAUAUAUCAGUUUGUUUAAAUCUAUCUAUCUAUGUUUUUGUAAUAUCUAUCAGUUUGUUCAUAUCUAUCUAUCUAUCUAUCUAUCUAUCUAUCUAUCUAUCUAUCUAUGUUUUUUAACAUCCUAUCUAUCUAUCUAUCUAUCUAUCUAUCUAUCUAUCUAUGUUUUUUUAAUAGCUAUCUAUCUAUCUAUCUAUCUAUCUAUCUAUCUAUCUAUCUAUGUUUUUAACAUCUAUCUAUCUAUCUAUCUAUCUAUCUAUCUAUCUAUCUAUCUAUCUAUCUAUCUAUCUAUCUAUCUAUCUAUGUUUUUUAAUAUCUAUCUAUCUAUCUAUCUAUCUAUCUAUCUAUCUAUCUAUCUCUAUCCGUUAACUUUUCCGUUAUAUUUUCCCGUUAUCUAUCUAUCUAUCUAUCUAUACAAAAAUAUCUGUACAAAAAAUAAAUAUGUGAUUGCAAUUCUGAUUUUCAAGCUAGAUGUAAUAUUCUCAUUCCGAAGCCUUCCGAAGCCUCUCGAAGCGCAAUUUCUUUGA